GUGACCCGGCCGUCUUUCACUUCCAUAAUGAACGCGCUGUCUCGUCGAGAAGAAGAAAAUCUACUCAAGAUCACAAAGGAGCGAGCUGUGAGCGAAUGCCACGAAGUGGUCAAAGCUUUUGCCGAUUGUGUGUCAGGUCGGACAAUUUCGGUAGCAUGGGCAUGUCGGGGGCAACUUCACGCAAUGCAGGAGUGUAUGGUGCAAUAUACUGGCCCAGAGCCUUAUGAGCGAGUUCGGGCUGAAUACCUCCGACUGAGAGGCGAACAGCGCGCUGCCAAACUAAAGGAAUCGGAGCGUCCAUAA